CAGAGUCGGUAUUCAAGUAUUUGCCAAAGGUUUGACGUCAUGUACAUAGGUGUCCACAAAUGGAUUGUGAACCAUCUUGAGCUUCACAUCCAGUUAGUUCUCUGCCUUCUCGAACUAGCGUCGUUCGACGAAAACCGUAAUUGUUAUUUUCUGCGCGGAUAUCAAUUUCUCGGUCUGAACUACAGGUUGGGUCAAGCAUUGACGUUUGGUGUUUGUUUAACAUAUUUUCAAACGUGGGUCUUCUUUUGGAAUAACAGCAAUUGUACGCUAUACUAUUGUCCUCCAGACCAAUGGAGAAAAUGGCCAGACCUGUUCCUUUAAACUCAUCUUUCCAAACUCCAACUAAUGGCGUACUGAAAUCCCUGUUGGAGAAUCCAAUGAAGCUGCCAUUUCAUCAUGAAGGUUUUGGAAAAGAGAAGAAUGCGAAAGAGAAAAAGUUGGAUGAGGAAGGCGGUGCCAAUACUCCACAGUCGGCCUUCCUAGGGCCAACCCUGUGGGACAAGACCUUGCCAUAUGAUGGGGACAACUUUCAGCUAGAGUACAUGGACCUGGAAGAGUUUCUGUCAGAGAAUGGCAUCCCCGCAAACCCAGCUCAGAAUAACCAAAAUCAGCCACAGCAGUCCCGGCAGCCCACUAUCCAGCAGGUUUCCCCAGCACCCCCCAUACCCUCUGUGGUCGACCUCAGCAGCCACGCCACUACCUCCGUUCAUACAGCCAUGGUCUCCCAGAACUGUCUCCAGAGCCCCCCAGCCAGAGCAGUGCUGCCCUCAGCUGCCAGGAACACCCCCAGCCCCAUCGAUCCAGAGUCUAUUCAAGUUCCAGUGGGCUACGAGCCUGACCCUGCAGACCUGGCUCUGUCCAGCGUACCCGGACAGGAGAUGUUUGACCCCCGAAAACGCAAGUUCGCCCCAGAGGAGCUCAAACCACAGCCCAUGAUAAAAAAGGCACGCAAGAUCUUCAUCCCCGAAGAUCUCAAGGAUGACAAGUACUGGGCCAGACGCAGAAAGAACAACGUAGCAGCCAAAAGAUCACGAGAUGCCAGGCGACUGAAGGAGAACCAAAUUGCCAUCCGGGCUGGCUUCCUAGAGAAGGAGAACGGUGCACUUCGCUCAGAGGUGGCCGACUUGAGGAAGGAACUGGGUCGCACCAAAAACAUUGUGGCCAAAUACGAGGCUCGGCAUGGGCCCCUGUGAACCUCCCCAACGUCCACGCCACACCCUUCCCUCUCACCCCCUCACCCAAGAGUUUGAAGGACAAUGUGCCUCCCUUUUGAUGGCACUGGCCCCCACACACACCAGCCCCUCACCCCUAUACAUGAUAAUCCUAUAGGAUUCUAUCAUUUUGAAUUCUGUCACUGGCAUCCGUUUGUUUGUUCCUUUUGUUUUCUCACUCAUCCUUCAUGUACAAACAUGUAUGUAUGUAUGUAUGUAUGUAUGUAUGUAUGUAUGUAUGUAUGUACAGUAUGCAUGUAUGUAUGUAUGCACACACACUUUCCUCUUUCAAGUACUACAAGGCACUUUGAGUGUUAAUGAGCCAACAACCUACUCUCCGGAUCCCUACCCUGUCCCCUCCUUCCACUGUUCAUUUUGUAAAUGAUGCCAUGGUGUUUGUUUUCCCCCUUUCUCACCCGUUUUACGUGUGAUCAGGACUGAGAGCUGUUGUAAUGUAUCUCCCUCCCCAUCCUUUUGUUCUUCCAGUGCUGUUUUCAGAGGGAUUCUCCUCCUACCUAAGACCCUGUUCCUGUCUGUUAUGUCCUGUACCUUCCUGUAGCAUCCUUUCUCAAACGGUUUGUACCGUACAUUCGUAUUGCAAUUUCUUUUGUUAUUGUACUUCCGUUAAUAUUAUACAUUUUCGUGUCCAUUUUUGUUCUAUUGCGGCGCUGUAACAUCAGUUCAUCACAUCAGGACUAUAAGCUACUCUUGUGCUUUUAAUAUUUUCUUUGUUAGCACUUAACCUCUCUCUCAAACCUCAGUAUAACUGUACAGUUGAAAAGAAAAAACAGUGAUUCUUUUCUAUCACACAUUGAGCAAUAAUCUUUUCCAAAUCUAUAUUAAUUCAUGCUACCAAGUUUUUCCUCCCACACCGAUUCCCCAAUCAGAGCACCUCUUGCCUCGCGUUGCACGGCACGGUCAUUUUCUGUUGGGAGUUGCGCUAGCUAGCAUGGUGAUGGUGGACAGAUUCCCCAAUCAGAGCACCUCUUGGUCUCCAGUAGAACCCACAACCCUCUUGCCUCGCGUUGCACGGCACGGUCAUUUUCUGUUGGGAGUUGCGCUAGCUAGCAUGGUGAUGGUGGACAGAUUUCCCACCCUGUGCUCAGUGGUCUCUCUGCUGCAGCCUGUUCCACAACCACAACUCCGCUAACCCUCUCUGCACCAAUCUUCUAACACGUGUCACAAUCUGCCCUGGUGCAAUGUUCCUCAGUCUAAUCUGCCUGAUAUUUAUGUAUCUUUUUUGUUAAGGACAGAUUAAUUUUCUGGAAUAUUGAAUUGUUAUUAUUAUGACUUCUAUUUGUGUCGUUGAUAUUGUUAUUGUUAUUAUUAUCAUCUCAUCGUUUUUAUUUGAAUAUUUCAGCAUGAUUUCUCAGAACACAAACCUCAAGCGAAUCGCAAAGUGGUUGAAUUAUUUCCCUUUUUAUUUAGCAUGAUUAACAAGAGUGGUUCUUUUAAUAACCAAUAGAGAUAUCUGUAUUUUUGUAGAUAUGUGUUUGCCUUCUUCUGUAAGAUGGCUGUAUGAAUGUAAAAGAUGUUGGGGAAAAAAAGUUGAAUGGUGUUGUCCAGUACUGUGGUUAUCCCAAACAAUUAGUUUACUACAAACCAAAAUAUUCAGUACAGAGAUGAUACAUUGGUUAUAAGAGAUGUUUAUAUAAAGCUAUUCUAUAUGGGUUUUUUUGUACAGUAUUUUUCCUAUACAUUACUGGCUAUGUAUUUUAAAGGCACAGAAUCCAGAAUAUUAUUAUUAUAUAUUAAAGAAUACAAAUACAUUACUCAAAGAACCAAUAUAGUAGUGUUUUGAUAUCUUAACCAUAAUAAUGUGGUAGUUUUACAGAGAUUCCUCCAAAUCCAGCAGCAGUAACAGAUACUGUUGGGCAUUAUUAUUAUUCAAAGACACUCCUGUAUCCUGGUUAUAUACUAUAGAUUUAGCCGUCAGUAACCUUUAGUUCCUUGUGUCAUGGAAUCGUAGUGCUUUAAGCUCGAGUCUCCCCAACGUUCACAUGAAAUAAAGUUGUGAGUAUGGAGGACGGAAUGUAUGGAAUGAUCUUUAAUCGGUUUCUGUAGAGACCCACUAUUGCAAAGGAGAUGCCAACACUUGCUUGCUAUUGAUUGUCCCCAAUGUCACCACUAGGUGUCUCAAUUAGACUCCUGUUAUGGGUCCCUUCACUCAGAGAUGACCAAAAUAUGUCACCGGAGUCCUUUGAUGGUAAAACUGAAAAGGUUUACCUUUAGUCAUAUUCUGAUAACUAAUAUGACUAAUAUUUGGAGCCAUCUAUGCUCACUAGUUAGAACGAUGUUACAAUGAAGGGGAGGGCAAUUUCAGGUUACUGUAGCUGCUGUUUGUCUGCUUGUUCGACCUUUGCAGUUCUAGUAAGCCCACUGCCUGAGUGAUAUUACUCUCAAUGACACUGCAUAGCUUACUGAAAUCUCUCUAAUUCUGCUAUAAUACUUUCACAGUUGACCAAAUACAGUGUAGUGUUCCUUACCUGUUGCAGAUCAUGGUCCAGCCAAGGUGAGAGUAGAUAUGUUUUGGCUGUAGAGAAAUGGCUGGAGGUGGUUUUCCUUAUUCACAUUUCUAUAGCCCAUCCGUACACAUAUGGGUUUUGUUAGCUGUGUGUGUCCAUGUACUUUAACAUGCUAUUCUGUACCAUGGACGUACCAUAUGAAAGAAUAGGAUAAAGCCAUUACCAGUCCACACAUUGCCCACAUACCUCCCUGUAGAGUGACUUCACUACCUCACCCAUGAAUGGAAAAAAGUAACCAUAAUUCUGAGUCUAUUCCAGUGCCUUGAAUACACUGACUGUUCCUCAGUCUCUCAGCGACGUAUUGUCAUUAUCACCACUUGAAUAGGUUCAGAUCUAAUGCAGCAAAUAUUCUAUAUAUUUACAAUUUUCUUUUUACUUAUUUAAAACACAAUUAACUAAUUACCAUUGUAUUAAUGGCAACACCAAUGGACUGUUUCACAGAGGGUACAUAGAUACACAGUGAAAGGAGUAAUCUGUCUUGUUUGUCAUGGAAUGAAUGCAUAACAUAUGAUAUUCAGGCCUUGGCCUCCUGAUCUGUAAUUCAUAGUGUCUAAUAAAGUAUUUUCUGUUUCUUUUGA